UGCAUGAAUGAAAAAUCUUCUAAACAAGACUGUGGACGGUAAACACGGCAGGGUUGAAUCUGGUUGAACCAGGGAAGAUUCAAUGGCUUCGAAAGUAGGCUUAGGACUAGACGACUUUGACUUAGCUGAAUCUAUUCAUGAUAUUGCUAUUUGCCAAUUAACAAACGAUGAUGCCUUUAAAUCUCUAUUUAUAACUCUUGCCCAGAUACUUAAUUCAAGAAACCUGAAUAGCAAAGCAGAUGAGAAACAGAUUGAAAAGAUUUUACAGUGUGUGAUCGCCAUCAGAGAUAGCACUGAUGAUGUUGUCAAUUUUAAGUACAGAGAAAGUCUGAUCACAUCUGUCAGUCAUGUGUAUCUUAGGUCACUUGGCAACAAAAUAUAUGCAAGAAAAACAGAAAAGGUAUUACACAUUGUGAGUAGUUUUUGGCAUACUGAACUCAUGGAUACACUUCUAAGCAAGGUCAGUGACCUUUUGUCCAACCCUCACUUGACCGCUGAACAAAUGAUGAAAGUCUCUGCUGGUCUUGAGGAAAGCAAGCUAUUUAGAGAGGCAGUCAACAAAAACCUUCUUCCUCUUCUCACACACCUCAAUAAUACCUUCGUCAGUAUAUCAGAAUGUGUCUCCUCUCUGCCCCAGGGUGACCAUCCCAGUAAAAUCAAGGAGAGGGACAUCACAGAACAUGUUCCCAAAUCGCUGGGGUCACAUGAUGAUCUGAUUGUCAAAAACACUGGCUACAGUACUACUAGCGGGUCACCUGUAUAUAAUCAUACAGAAUUAUGUUACACCUGUGUAAAGGUGUGUUUACAGGUGUUUCAGUACAUGCCCCAAUCUGUAGCGGUUCUCUUAUGGGAGUCAACAUCAACAGAUCAGUCCUUUUCCUCAAAUCUCAUCAAUAACUUGCAGGCCGUGUUAAGUCGGCGUUAUAGUAAAGAUUGUAAUCUUAUCGCUGGUAGUGCAUUAGCUAUGCUGGUUAACACCAUAGAAACUGUUGAACAAGCUAUGCUGUUGAUCCAACUUCUCUGUGGUGAUUUUCAUGCAGCAGUGAAUAUUGGUAACACCCAAAUCAGUAGCUUGUCACAUGAUCUGCAAGAUGGACCGUAUUCUAAGAUUGCGAUUAUCCGAGGUAUUCUGACUUGCUGUAAGCCACGACUUUUACUGUCAACAGGAGAAAAUGAGGAUUGCAUUCUCUUACACUCCCUGUUCACUGAGGUCGUAUCCUUCUGCCAGCACCCUAACCAUACCAUUCUAUACAAUGCUUUCCAGCUGCUAGUCUACUGGUAUGAGAGUGCCAUAGCUACCCUGGAUCAAUACAUUAGCAGCACACCUGAGUCUGACAGAAAAACAUGUUUUCACAGUGAAUCUCAGUUUGUCAAGAACACCUUGCAACUGAUUUGGGAGAAUUGGCAGAACCCUCUGACUGGCGUGCCAACAUUUGUGAAGACGACCUUUAGCCUCUUGCUAGAAAUUCAUCAUAAAGAAAACCAGUUAUUUAUGAUACCUUCAUCUGAACUUUACAGCUCACUAGUAAGCCACCUCCUCCAAAUUUCUUGGCAUGUGAAAGGGAAAUAUGCCCUGCUUGGAAGCCUUGUACCGUAUAUUCGAGCCUUGAACCUCUUAUCAAGUCACCCUACUCUACCGAGACAAUUGGUAAGAGGCCUAGCAACAAAUUUCCUUGCUUCUUCUGUCUCAGACCUGCACAGGGUUUUACUCCAGAACAUGAAGAAAGAGAUUGAGCAAGGAGGGACAGAGGUAGAUAGCGAGGACGGAGAUGCUGCUCUGAGGUGGAAGCGAAUCUGGGGAGAUUGUGUACUAGAUGUAUUGUGCAGUGAGCAUCAAUUAAUAAGAUUUCAUGGAGCACAGUUCUGGUUGCCAUGGAUUCUGAAAUGUUUUCCUGGUGUAUACAACUUGCUGAUGGCAUCUUUGGACAUGAACACAAUGCCUUCUUCAUCUACAUUAUCAUUAAAACAUCGCUUGCAUGCACUGAUGAUGGUGAUGGCCCAAGCAAGACUAUGUGACAUUAUCAAAUUUACUACUAUUGAAGAAAAUAUUCCGCUAAUACGUAUAGCGUUGGAACAUGUCGAUGAUGACAUUCGUCUAAGCGCUCUCGCUUUGGUUUGUAACUCACCAAAAAGAGCCGAACCAUUGCAACAGAUUGAACUAGAUAUGCUCUACCGAUUCUUGCCACUAAAUUUUAACUGCGAUGGCGCAAGUUUCAGACAGAAAAUGUGUGCGUACAUAAAGGCAAUAAUCACUCGAAUACGUGACAGCUGUUUAGGCUCUUUGAAAAUGCUAAAUCGCAAGAAACCAGAUGUGGUGCAGAAGGCAGAUGAACAAGAUGCACCUAAGAGUAUCCUUCAAUCUGGGAUAACCUUCCUUGAUUGGCUACUGCAAAAGCUUAUGGAAUCGCUAUUUCCCGGUGCAUGUUAUCAACGAAAGAGGGCGGUGUUAGGAUUGCUUGCAAUAUUGUAUGAGGUUAUGCUUUCAAAAUGGCAGUGCAAUAAAAAGAAAGGUCAAACGCCAGAAUCAGCCGGAACACUUAUAACAUGGGCCCAUCAAAACAACAAAUGCCAUUUUAUAUGUGAAAGAUAUUGUUACUUGCUUCUUGAUAAUCUUCUAGACGGAUCAAAUGACAAUCGUGACCUGGCUUAUAAAAUCCUGUCGGAGUAUUUUCCAUGGCCAUUGCCAGGAUUAAAGGUGGUAUCAGGCAUGGAAGUGAACCGUGUGCUAUCAGAUGGUCUGCAAUUAAUUUGUAGCCCUAAAUCACCUGAAUGCGAGGCAGGCUCUAAGCUUUGUGUGUUGGUAUUUCAGAGGCAUAUUCUAGAAGGCAAGGAUCUUCCUUCAAGACUUGUUGGAGCAUUCAAAACCCUUAAAAUUGAGGUUCUGACGGAAGGUCCCAAUGGAGCAUUACCUUUCCUGAAACAGAUUACAGAGAGCUUAGUUUACCAGCACAAAUGCUGCGCCCAGAACAUCUUGUAUGGCUCUUUCAUUACCCCAAUGCAUGGCUUACUUCUCACCAUCCGUAAGUGUCUAAGCAUCAAUGUUCCCACUCUUCAAGAGAUCAUGCAAUCAGACCGAGAUGGCUGGAUGACUUGGAUCACCAAUCUCAUAGCAACUGCAUCUGACAUCGUCAGCUUAGCAAUGUCAACAUUGAGUAGUCCUAUAGGAGGAACAGUAGAAACAGAGCUGUCUCCAUCAUUUGCCGAUAUGGGUGAAGGAAUUGAUGAUCUCAUCCAGAAAAUAAAAAAAUGCCAGAUAGAAGGGCAGCAGGAGGAGGAGGCCAAGAUACUUAGUAACUUUGAAACUGGGGAGGAAAACCCUUCAAUGUCGGCUAGCCAUCAACUUAUCUUGGCAUGUUGCUGGUUAAAUUUAAAGGAAGUUAGUUUGUUACUUGGAGAUCUGUCACAAUGUGUUCCUUUUAAAGCAGAAUCUGAACAUGGUCUUUUGACCACAAGCCAACUCCAGAUGAUGACAGACAUAUUUAUUAGUAUCCUAACAAAAUGCAGACAUAGAGGUGCCAUUGAAGGCUGCAAUCUAGGCUUCUCAAAGCUAUGUGCAUCCCUCCUUGCUAGUCCAUCUCAUGAGUUGUCAACCAUUCCAAAGGGGUUGCUCCGAGAUCUGAUUCUUAUGAUUACAAAUGAGGGAUCCACGUCAUCUUUUACUAAGAAAAGCGCAGGAUUACCUUUGGUGCUGGAAGCUGUGAUCAACAGUGAGCCAAAAGGCAGGGAGAAAAGUCUACUUCGGUUUACCAUGACCUCACUACUUGAUAUAGCACAGCAACCUGAACCAGUUGAACAUGACCCGAAACUUGACCUCCCACAAUGCCAUGCAUUAAAUAUGUUGAAAGCUUUGUUCAGAAGUUCCGCAAUCAAUGAUGAUGUCAUGCCAUACACGUCCAAGUCUGUGACCAUUGCUAUUCAUGGAUUUGCUUCAAAACAUUUUUCAAUAAGAAAUGGGUCUAUGUUACUAUUUGGUUCUCUUGUUGCCAGGAUGUUUGGUCAGAAGCGUGUCCAAGAUGAGCAUUCACGUGUCAAUUCAAUGACAGCACGUGAGUUCUUUGUACACUACCCUGAGCUGCAAAGCUUCCUUCUUCAAGAGAUUUGUAAAUGCGUCGACCAGCAAGUGGCUGGAAGGCAGAACCUACACCCUAGCCUCUUCCCUGUUUUGAUCAUUUUAUCUAAGCUAGGCUGUGGCUUGCAAACUGGAGAAACAAGUGAUCUCAACAAGUUCAUGCAACCAGUGAUGCAAUUAUGUGCAAGUCCUGUCUAUCAAGUGCGAGCCCUUGCUGCGGAAGCACUCGUGCCAUUGGUAGCAGAGGAUAAGAUGCUGACGCAAGCAGCAUGUAUCAUCGACUCAUUGCCAGGAAACAGGCAAGAGGCUAACUCACAAAAUCAACUACACGGUCAGCUGUUACAAAUCCAGAAAUUGUUCAGUGCACAUAAGGACAACACUGUAGGGUUACCUCCAUCAUUAGAAGCAUACGAUACCUGUAGACAUCUGUGUGCAUUUCAGUGGAUAGGCUGUGGAGAAAACAAUUGCCCCCUCACGAGGGCAGUCUACAUAGAUACAACUACAAAGCUUCUUGCAUGGCUUGUGACUGAUAAGACAAACUCCGACACAAGGAGCCUAGCAGACGACAGCUGUAAAAUGACCAAGUGCUACCUCUCUUUACAACAUCCACAGCAGAUUGCAGGUACUUUUCUAGCCAGAUCAGUGGUUGAGUCAUUGCUGUCAUUAAAUCAAUCUCAGAUGCUAGAGAAUGUACAACUUAUGUUGAAAUCCAGAUCACCUGACAUCAUGGUACCAGCCCAGAGAUUCCUGGUGGAAAAGCUACAGGAUGGCACUCCACCUAACAUUCAGUUCCAUAGCCCAUUUAUACUAGACUUGUUUGAAUUGAUCAGCACUGAGUCAGAUCGUACUUGCCUGGAGUACGGUCUGAGACUGUUCACUGAAGUGUCAAAGGCAUGCGAUUACCAGCUCCAUGAUGAUUGGCUGAGUCAUUGGGAUAAUCUGCUGAAAUUAGCCAGUGGCAUGCAAGGUGUGAGUGUCGCCUGUGCAGCUCUACCUGCACUUGGAAUUAUUGUAAAGGGAAUCCUAAAUGAAGGCAUCAUAAGAUGUGACAUCCCAGCAUUCUGUAGGCUCUUGAUGGCCAACAGUAAACCAACCAUGUCAGAGUCAAGUCGCCUCGCAGUUGCUUCAGCUCUGCAGAUUGUUGGUGCAGAUAUCUUAAAUGAGUUCCAGCGUAUAAAGAAUGAGAAAGAGGUGGUUCGUGUAAUGGGCAUAUUCACUGCUGCCUUGCUCCUCCUACAAGAUGAACAAAGUGAAAUUCGAUGUGAAGCUACUAGAUUUGUAAGCCAGCUCUCAGUGGAAACCACAGACAAAGAUGUUGGGCCUAUCCAGCCUAGUUAUGCCUUACAGGUGUUAAUAAAAUACAUCUGUGAUAAUUUCAAGUGGUCUAGUGUUUGUCUGUCUGAUUUGUGUAGGAAAUUGUCUGGAAGCAGUUCAAUUGAAAUUGAAAUAAAAAAUCAGCAAACAGUAUGGAAUUUGAAUUUAUUUGAACAAGAAGACGCCAAUAUUUAUGAAGAGCCUUCUCAACUCGCUACAUUUCUCCAUAAUCAGCUUUUGAUUUUUGUUGAAUCAUUAUCGGAGGAAAAUCCAGAAGCUGUGAUGAGUUGGAUUGUAAACCAGUUACAUGAGGCCGAAUAUCAAAUGAGCUGCUUGGUCAAACAACUCAAUGCAAAGGUUUCAACAUGUAANUUUUUUUGGUGUGUCUGGUUUCCGUAAGCCUUACUUUUUGAUUCUACGCAAGUUGCUCUAUGUACACCUCCUGGUGACUGCUACCAGUUUCUUGAGUGAUGGCGCAAGAAUUGAUUUGGCCGAACUUCAUAUAGCAGUUUCAAACUUGCUAAAGAUUCAGGAGCUUCAUCCUCAUCUUCAAGAUCAGCUGACAACUAUCAUGAAGUUAACACAACCCAACAAGAUGGAGAAAUAACAGAAAGAAUGUUACACGUGGAAUAACUGCAUAAAACCCUUACUUACUUUCUAUUGUGUUACAACAGGAUUAAUAACAGUCAUUUAGAACUGUUUAAUCGAUAAUAAACCAAGCACAAUUUUAUGUAAACUUACUGCGAGCUUUCGUCGAUGCUAUCAACAUGACUCAAUUAGCAAACCAUAUGAGACUAUUUGAUUAUUUAUGAAGGAAUCAUUAUAAUGCCAAAUUCAAAAAGAGUGUAUUAAUGAAGCUAUCAGCACCUAGACAGUUGAUAUUAAAGACUGAUAUGAUAUACAGUGCCUGCCAAUGCAGUUCUGUUGUACUCCCAGUCACACACAGUGUCAACAGUCAUUGUCUGAAACGAUUCCAUGAAAAAAACAUCGCAACUACUGUAGGAACGUGCAACAAAUCGUUUUUAAUACCUUAGUUUGUACCUUGUAGCUGUUGCUUCCAAAACAUCCACCAGGGAUUAUAACUGGAAGUUUGACGAGAGUGAAGCAUUGUUUAAUGUAAUUUAAGGUUUUAAUGUAAAUUAUUACUUAGUUGAUGAUCACUAAGCAGUAAUCAGCAGAAGGUGUCACAUCAUCAAUCGCUCACAUAGGGCACAGAUGGAUUUGGUUGUACAACCCCCAUACAACGCAGUGCAUGCUUACAAAGAACUUAACUAGCAGAAGAAUGAGUUCUUCCGGGUAUUUGCAUUAAAAUUGAUGGAACAUCCGCCUUCCCGCAAGCGGGGUAAAGUUUGACCAUUUGACAAAGUGGAGAAACUACAGGAAACAAACAGACCUGAACGGCGCCUUUAUUAUUGAUAUAUAGCGCCACCGCGCGGACGGGGUAGAAUUGCUCUCCGUUCUCCCACAAUGCAUUUCGACUGAAUGUUCCAAUGUGAAGCUGCUCUAUCUUCUGCUAUUUGUUAUCUUUGAUGCCCAGCUUUUAAGACAACAGAUUUGAAGCCUAAAAUUAUUGUUAAUAUUAAUAAUAAUAUAUUAUAUUAUUAAUUUUAGUUUAUUAUGCACAGCAGACAAUCUUCUACGUAAAGAAGAGAUUUCUUUAUGUUUAUUCAAAAAACGUAAAUAAUUGAGAUUUAAAGUAAAUGUAUAAUAAAUUAAUCAUUCCUGGUUGAAUAACCAGAAGGUUUGUGCUGGGGACCUCCGGCAGCCGGGGUGCAAUGUGACAUUGAUAAUAAUAUGACAUGGUAUAUUAUGAUAUAUAUGAAAUAACUUUUGAAGGUUCACAUUUGAAAACUAUUAAAAAAAUGUAUUUAGCUAA